AUAUAAUAUAAUAUAUUAAUUAAUUAAAAUCGCCCCCAGAAAGUUUCUCUACGGCUUCGUUUAUUAGGGUUGUUCAGAGAGAGCUGAGAAAAUAAGCAAGAAAAAGAAGAGAGCUUUUUGUUGCAGUCAACAAUGGCGUUCUCUUCUCUGCUCAGAUCGACGACUGGAACUGCUCUGAUCGAAGCUUCUCGUGCCGAUUUCUCUUCUUCUCCUUCAUCCUCCAAUAAUCCUCCCAAGGUCUCCACAUCAUGCAUUGGUUUCACUCGCAAAACGCAAUCAAGCAUGUUUGGCACUGCUGUCACGAGUGGAUCAUCUGCUACACAGCGAUGUAAUGCAAGGAAAAUCCAACCCAUUAAAGCGACAGCCACAGAAUUGCCACCCACUGUUCCAAAAUCGCAGAAGGGCGGGAAGACAAAGGUCGGAAUUAAUGGUUUUGGUCGCAUUGGAAGAUUGGUUCUACGAGUGGCAGCAUCCAGGGAUGAUAUUGACGUGGUUGCAGUGAAUGAUCCUUUCAUUGAUGCUAAAUACAUGGCUUACAUGUUUAAGUAUGAUUCUACUCAUGGACUAUUCAAGGGAACCCUUAGGGUUGUGGAUGAGUCAACCUUAGAAAUCAAUGGGAAGCAAGUUAAAAUUGUGAGCAAAAGGGACCCUGCUGAGAUUCCUUGGGGUGAUUAUGGAGCUGAGUAUGUUGUUGAAUCUUCAGGUGUUUUCACAACAAUCGAGAAGGCUUCAGCGCAUAAGAAGGGUGGUGCCAAGAAAGUAGUUAUAUCAGCUCCAUCAGCUGAUGCACCCAUGUUUGUUGUUGGAGUAAAUGAGAAGACAUACAAGCCAAACAUGGACAUUGUUUCUAAUGCAAGCUGUACUACCAACUGUCUUGCUCCUCUUGCUAAGGUAGUUCAUGAGGAAUUUGGUAUUCUUGAAGGUUUAAUGACGACUGUUCAUGCAACUACAGCAACGCAGAAGACUGUUGACGGUCCUUCGAGGAAGGAUUGGAGAGGGGGUCGUGGAGCUGGACAAAAUAUUAUUCCUAGUUCUACUGGUGCAGCAAAGGCUGUUGGAAAGGUUCUGCCGGAACUCAAUGGAAAGCUUACCGGAAUGGCCUUCCGUGUGCCAACUCCGAAUGUUUCAGUGGUAGACUUAACUUGUCGACUUGAGAAGAGUUCUUCCUAUGAAGAUGUCAAAGCUGCUAUAAAGUACGCAUCAGAGGGGCCACUUAAAGGCAUUCUUGGCUACACAGAUGAAGACGUUGUCUCCAAUGAUUUUGUUGGCGACUCAAGGUCAAGCAUAUUUGACGCAAAGGCUGGCAUAGGGCUUAGCGAUUCCUUCAUGAAGCUUGUUUCAUGGUACGACAACGAGUGGGGAUACAGCAACCGAGUUUUGGACCUCAUAGAGCACAUGGCGUUGGUUGGCAGUUUACGCUACUAAAUAGCAUUUGUUGUUGCUCCGACCACAUUUUUUCUUGGCGCUUGCUAUGAGUUUGGCUGGCUAGUAGUCAAUACAUUUGAUAGGCUUUCAGGGUUUUCUUUUUCUUUUGUCAACGGACUUCUCUAUUUAGAUGCGAGGUAAAACAUCGCAUUUUUUUGUUGGUUUGGUUUAUAAACAUGGCAUGAUGCAACUUGGAAAUAAUGAAAAAAAAAAUCUGAGAUGUAUGGGAUUUUGCUAAUGUAUCAGUUUAAACUUUA